CCGAGCGAGGACGAGGGCAGCCAUUUUGGCAUGUCUGCCUGGGCUGAGCUUCUUGCUCUGGGACUGCGUCGCUCAGACAGACUCAGCCGGCCGUGAGACGAUUCGGGGAAGUAAAACCAGAAGACGUUUCUUCUUCUUCUUUUUUUUUUUUUUUCUUAGUUCAGCUUUGACUGAAGUUUGCAUUCAGCAGGAAGGAACAAGGUCGUCUGUGAGAGACGGGGAGACGGCGGGCGUCGAGAACCCGAGCAGCCAGACCCGUCGGAGGUUUGACAGCCGCUCCUCCUUCACUCAGAUGCUUGCGUCCUCUCACUGAGGGCCCGCCGGACGGACUUCCACUCGCUGACGACUGAGGAGGAACCAGGAUGAAUCUGGACCAAGUGCCGUCCAAGCUGGAGGUGAUGGGGUGGAGCCCACAGCAGCUGGCCGACUACCUGAGGACGUGCGAUCUGUCCGGCUGUGAUAAAGUCGUCCUGAAGAACUCGAUCAGCGGCUCCAGAUUCGUGAAUCUGAGUGAGAACGAUCUCCAGAAAUUCCCGAAACUGCACACGCCGAUGAUCUCCAAGAUCAGCAAAGAAAUCGGCAAGAAGGAGAAGAGAGGCCGAAUGCCGCUCUGGAAUAGGACGGCGCCCAAACAUCCUGAACCAGAGAUGCCGACUGAGGUUCAGGGAUGGGGAGAGGACGAGUUCGAUGAAGACUUUGACGAUGAUUAUGAGAGUCCGUACAGCGGGGAGGAAGAAGGUAGCGGUGGAGACUAUGAGUCACCAACCGAGGACCUGAAUGGUGAGGGCGACUACGAGCCGCCUCCCACCGAACCUUCGGAGGAGCACAAGCUGUGUCCCACCCAGCAUGUCGGAGACGGAGAGUACAUCGAUAACAGGCAUAGCCAUGUACCAUCCGCAGGCUCACCCCCUGUUGUGAAUCCGCGCCCUGCAAUCCCCACCCAACACUCACUUCAUCCGCCUGCAGAGCCAAGAAGGGAUCCUUCUCCCCACGGCGCGGGACAAUCAGUACGAAAAUUUCCUCCCCAGCCACCACAGAUUUCCCGCGAUAACAAACCGGGCAGAGCUUCCGUGACCAGCCCAACAUCCAGUGGAGGACGUCAGUGCAGCCCAGGGGAAAGGCCAAGCACACCAUCCUUGAAACCUCCAGUCUCCGGCCCUGACCUCUCCACCAGGCUCAAAGCUCCUGGUCUCCCUUCUCCCUCCACCUCUGUGGGCAGGAGCAACUCCUCGGCUCGGUCUCAGCAGUCCAUCAGACCUCCAGUUCCCGGCCCUGACCUCUUCACCAGGCCUAAAGCUCCUGGUCUCCCUCCUCCCUCCACCUCUGUGAACAGAAGCAACUCCUCGGCUCGGUCUCUGUCCAACAGAUUUGACGAGUGGAGAGAGCAACCACACGAUGAAGGUCAGAAACACAACACCUUCCCCCUUCACAAUAAAAGUAUUGGCCCGCGUCCAGGACUGCCCAGACCCUCCCAGCAGUUUGGAGAGAGCCUGCCUCCCAGUGUCCCGCCUGGUGGAUCUCUGCCUCACAGGCUCUACCCUGCCACGCCUGAAAGCAGAAGCAGUGUUAUGGACAGGCCCUCGUUCCGUUCCGGUCCUCCUCCGUCGUCUCCGAACAACAAGCCGCUGGACCCUCGCUGGUAUGUGGGUAACGUGGGCCGCCGUCAGGCCGAAGGAUGUCUCGCAAGAGUUCAAAAGGAUGGGGCGUACCUGGUGAGGGACAGCACCCGGCAGCUGGACAGCCAGCCCUUCACCCUGAUGGUCCUCUACCAGAACAAAGUCUACAACAUCCAGAUCAGGCAGGAGAACCAGCAGUUCCUGCUGGGAACUGGACUCAAAGCCCAGGAGUUCUUUCCGUCCGUCUCUGAGAUAAUCGGACAUUACUCAAAGUCUCCACUGCUCCUCAUCGAUGCCAAAAACCGGAACUCCAGCCAGCAGAACCAGUGUCUUCUCUCCGACCCGGCUGGACAGUACAUAACUGGACAGAAGUGGUCCUGACCGGAUCCGACCGGAUCCAACUGGAUCCAACCGGAUCCCACCGGACACAGCCGGUUCUCCACACCAAAGUAAAUAUUCAGAGCUCAGCUGAAAGUUUUCAGUGUCAAGCCUCUUCUUCUUAUUAUUUUUUUUUGCACAGUUUUGUUUCUAUGAACUUGACUGUCAGAAAAUAUUUUCACUUUUAAAGUCUGCUAAUGGCCCCUCAUGUUUGCGUCGCUGAGUUUUGAGAAAACUUUACUUUCAUCUCCAUCUUUCUUUUGACUGUUCUUUCUGUUUCUAAUUCACCUGUUACCAAAAGCUUUUGUACUCAAUUAAAAAACAUCAAGAAAACAUAAUUUCUCUUUCAAUAAAGAAGCAACUCAUUUACAAAUACACAAAUUUAAGUGUUUUGUCAUGAAGAAAAAAUGUGAUUGUCUUUAGAGCAAGUUUUAAAAGCAUUACAGUUUAUAUUUUUUUUCUAAAUAAUGCUCUAUGAUCUGGUGCCAGUGGGAGGAAGAUGCUCUAAGCUUGAAAAGAAACAUCCAUUUUACACUGGUUGCACUAUGGAUCUGGAACGGAUGCGUAGUGGAAAAUUACGACACGCAGCAGAAACUACUGUACAAGCAUAGAUAUAUG